GUGUGUUUGUCAAACACCAUCAACCCUCAGAGGAAGAAGAGUAGUUUCACCGCGCUCUCUGUUGGUUUGUUGUGAUUCUGGUUUAAUACAAACUGUUAAGAAAUGUAGUUUCUGUAAAAAGAAAAAUACAGUUUUUGAAUCAGGUCAGUAAAUGUAUGUAAUGUUCUCAUCAUCAUAGUCGUGUCUAAGUGUUAAAUCAAGCAGGGAUAUCUGGAGGAGUAUCAGCUGAACUGAGAGCUGCGGUGAAGAUGGUGUUUGUUAAAGAGGAGUGUGAGGAGAACACAAGUGAACCAGAACCCUGGAAAAUAAAACAUGAGGAACCAGAAACCUGGAGAAUAAAACAAGAGGAACCAGACCCCUGGAGAAUAAAACAAGAGGAACCAGAAACCUGGAGAAUAAAACACGAGGAACAAGGAGAGUUGAUUGAAGAUAAUGAGAAAGAAGAAUUGAGUGAAUCUGAGGAGGAAAAUCAUGCCAGAAGUGGAGAAAAACCCAAACAGAAAGAUUUAAAGAAAAGAGCCAAGGAAUCUUUCACCUGCACUCAGUGUGGAAAGAGUUUCGCAUACAAAUGUUUUCUUGAGCGACACAUGAGAGUUCAUACUGGAGAGAAACCGUUCACUUGUGAUCAGUGUGGGAAGAGUUUCUCACACUCGUCUUACCUUAAGAAACACAUGAACAUCCACACUGAAAAGAAACUGUAUGCAUGUGAUCAGUGCGGAAAAACAUUUUUGUGGGCCUCAGUCCUGAAGAAACACCUGAGAGUUCAUACAAAAGAGAAGCCACAUUCAUGUCAUUUGUGUGGAAAGAGUUUUUCUCUUCUACAAAAUUUGAAAAAACAUCAGAAAAUACAUACUGGGGUGAGAGAGUACAUGUGCUUUGAGUGUGAAAAGACUUUUACUUCAGCAUACUGUUUAAAACUGCAUGACAGGAUCCACACUGGAGAAAAACCUUACAAGUGUUCACACUGUGACAAGAGAUUCAAUCAGUCAUCACAUCUGAAAACACACGAGAGUAUCCACACUACAGAGAAACCGAACACUUGUGAUCAGUGCGGGAUGAGUUUCACACAAUCAGCUAAACUUAAGCUACACAUGAACAUUCACAAGCGGCACACAUGUGAUCAGUGCGGCAAAACAUUUUUGUGGGCUUCAGACCUGAAGAAACACCUGAAAGUUCAUUCAAAGGAGGAGCCACAUUCAUGUCAUUUGUGUGGAAAGAGUUUUUCAUUACUACAAAGUUUGAACAAACAUCAGAAAAUACAUACUGGUGUGAAAGAAAGUACAUGUGCUUUGAGUGUGAAAACACUUUUACUUCAGCUUAGGGCUGCACGAUAAUGGUUAAACUGAUAAUCACGAUUAGUUUGAUAAAAAUUAUAAUCACGAUUAUUAAUAACCAUUCAAUGCAAUAACAUUUCAUGUCUCUUUAAACCAAUCUCUACUGACUACAUAUACACUGACUUCAUUUAGCCAACUAUGAUAAUAUGAAACUCAUGGUUUGGUUAGUGUUUUGUAAUCUGUAUUAACAUUAGAUUUUCUAAGUGACAAUUUGUUUGCAAAUAAAACAAGCCACUCAGAUCGCGCAGUAAAUUUGCUCGAAGAUUGUUAAUACACACUGAUAAUAACACUGUCAUGAUGUACUAAAUAACUUGUAACCUGGUAAAAACCUUAGUAUAUAUAAUAAUAUAAUAAUUCCAAUUUAUGUACAUUUCCCCCCAUUGUAUUGCCACAGGUAGCAAAAAUAAAUGGCUUGUGAAAAAACAUCUUCAGAACACAGAUUUUGGUGCCUCAUUUCGGUGCCACUUAAAUGCAUGAGCGAUCGAUUUAAAUAUUUGUCCACUGGUUCUCUGAAACAAACCUAAGAAGCAUCAUCACUGUGAACAAUAAUUUCCCGACUGAGAAAAUGCAUGUGAACGCAAGUCGAAAAGCUGUGAUGAUACAAAGCCAACAAAUCUUUGUAGUAAUGCGAGUGUCCAUGUUGUUUUUACAUUCUGACUUUAAAGCACAGCUCGGGAAAUGAGAGCAUUCUUGGAGCGUGUUAAUGCAGUAAUUACACUUGCUCUGACAGCAACCUAUCAUUAGCUAGCUAAGCUAAACACGCUUAAAUUAAAAUGCCUAAAGCUAAACUUCCCUUGCAAUGAUGUUUCUAAUUCUAUUGUCCAACAAAAGAGAGCAUUAUAACCUUUGUACUCUACAACACCAGUCAAAUGCUUCCUUUUGUGAUCUGCUAUGGGUUCUUGUCACAAAAUGAGGCACAACAGAUGUUCUAUACUGUAAAAAAAGCUAUGCUGAUUAGCAAUGAAUUAUAAAUAUACCAAAUUAUGGAAAUACAAGAGAUGGCUUGAAUAAUAUAUAUUGUCCACUUCCAAGGCAGCGUGAGUUCACCUUUUACUGCAGAAGCCGACAAGCACCCUUUUCUCACAAUUUCAAUACACAUCACACACACACAUAAAGAUAUUUUCUUUAUUUAGGCAAUCAUUAAGCAGUUAUAAAUGUAUCUGGUAUAUGCACGUGUUGUAUGUAUGUUCCUCUAUUAUAUAAACCUAGUUACAACACUUUAUUUGUAUUAAGCCCUAUUCGCACAGGAUUAGUAUUACCUGGUGAUCUCCAGUCAUCUGUAAUAACUGCGGAGGUUGUCUGUGAUCUUAAUCCCGUGCGAAUCGGCCAUGUCUGUAAUUUGUAAAGUAAAAAUUCCCCUGCAAAAGACCUACCAUAUUUCGCCGAACACCGAGGUCCUGUGAUAAUAUU